CAAAUGCUUGCCCAGCCAGUCUGAGGAUGGUGAACUCAAGUUGCUUUUAGGAAUGGCUGCAAAGCCCACACCUGGAAAUCCCUCCUCCCUGCCUGUUCUGGGCAGGUUGCAUUUGGGAGAGGAAUAAGCCGGGAGCGAGCCAUUCACCAGCACUUGGUAGAAAGCAGCGGGCGAGGAUGGACGUGGUCGACAGCCUCCUUCUAAACGGGAGCAACAUCACUCCCCCCUGCGAGCUCGGGCUUGAAAAUGAGACUCUUUUCUGCCUGGAUCAACCCCAGCCUUCGAAAGAGUGGCAACCUGCCGUACAGAUUCUCCUGUAUUCUUUGAUAUUCCUACUCAGCGUGCUGGGGAACACGCUGGUCAUUACGGUGCUGAUUCGGAAUAAGAGGAUGAGGACAGUCACCAACAUCUUCCUGCUCUCCCUGGCUGUCAGCGACCUCAUGCUCUGCCUCUUCUGCAUGCCGUUCAACCUCAUCCCCAACCUGCUCAAGGAUUUCAUCUUUGGGAGUGCCGUUUGCAAGACUACCACCUACUUCAUGGGAACUUCUGUGAGUGUUUCUACCUUCAACCUGGUUACCAUCUCCCUGGAGAGAUAUGGAGCCAUCUGCAGACCCUUACAGUCCCGGGUCUGGCAAACGAAAUCCCAUGCUUUGAAGGUCAUUGCUGCCACCUGGUGCCUCUCCUUUACCAUCAUGACUCCGUACCCCAUUUACAGCAGCUUGGUGCCUUUUACCAAAAAUAACAACCAGACCGCAAACAUGUGCCGCUUUCUGCUGCCAAAUGAUGUUAUGCAGCAGUCUUGGCACACGUUCCUGUUACUCAUUCUCUUCCUUAUUCCUGGAAUUGUGAUGGUGGUGGCAUAUGGAUUAAUCUCCUUGGAACUCUACCGAGGAAUAAAAUUUGAUGCUAGCCAGAAGAAAUCUGCUAAAGAGAGGAAGCCAAGUACUGGCAGCAGUGGCCGAUACGAGGAGAGUGAUGGAUGUUACCUGCAGAAAUCCAGGCACCCAAGGAAGCUGGAGCUUCAGCAGCUGUCCAGCAGCAGCAGUGGCUGGAGCGUCAGCCGCAUCAGGAGCAGCACUUCAGCCGCCAACCUGAUGGCCAAGAAGCGUGUGAUCCGCAUGCUCAUCGUCAUUGUGAUCCUCUUCUUCCUGUGCUGGAUGCCCAUCUUCAGCGCCAAUGCCUGGCGGGCAUAUGACACCAUCUCUGCCGAGCAACACCUCUCAGGGACCCCCAUCUCCUUCAUCCUCCUGCUCUCCUACACCUCCUCCUGUGUGAACCCCAUCAUCUACUGUUUCAUGAACAAACAGUUCCGCCUGGGCUUCAUGGCCACAUUCCCUUGUUGUCCUAAUCCUGGUCCCCCAGGAGUGAGGGGAGCCGUGGGAGAGGAGGAGGAAGGGAGGACCAUGCGGGCAUCGCUGUCCAGGUAUUCAUACAGCCACAUGAGCACUUCCGCUCCACCCCCCUGAGCUGCACCUGGCCUUCUGCUGUAGCAGGAAGGAGGGGACCCAGGAGCAAGAAGAGGGAAAGGAGGAGAAAGCAGAAGUGAAGGAGAAGGAAGACCCAUUUCCCGUGGGAACUCUUCCAUGUCUGCCUUUCAUCCUUCACUGGGUUCCUGAAGUGGAGUCCUGACUUGCUUUCCAGGUAGUUCAAGUCAGGAUAUUUUCAGUGAUGCUCACCAUCAGAAAAACUUCAACAGACUAGUGAUUGGAGUCCCACAACAUGCAUGCUACAAAUGCACUGCCAGUCCAUGUUCAAAAUGGAGGUGUGGCCCCUACUGAGCUUUAGAAAGUUCUGGAACACCCCAAGUGAGAUCUCUCCAUGGUGGUGCCUGUCUAUGCUCUGCUUCUUCUGUUCUUGUGGUAUUAUGGUCACUGCUUUCCCCACAGGGAGCCUAUGACUCCUCCCCAUACAAGCUACAGCAUCCACCUUUUCAUGUCCAAGGGCAUACCAAGCACACCUCCUCUAUUUCUGUGGUAGAGAACCGUCUGAUUCUUUUGCAGUUUGGCAUUGGCCAAGGACAAUCAAUGAUGUAAGCUGAGGUCAUCAU